GACUAGCCGUUACCAAUCUAACGUUAAACACUUCAAACUUUCAUUGAACUUCAAAAACAUCCUUAAAAAUAAUACAAUCAAUCUCUCACUUUCCAUUUUCUUAGCUCAGAACAAAAAAAAAUGAAUCUUGAAUUGUGGGGCUCUUCAAUUUAAGCAUUUUUGGUCACCAAAAGCAAAAAAAAUUGAGUCUUGAGCUGUGGGGUUCUUGAAUUUGAGCAUUUUUUAUCUCCAAAAGAAAAAAAAUUGAAUCUUGAAGUGUGGGGUUCUUGAUUUUGAGCAUUUUUUAUUUCCCAAAGCAAGAAAAUUGAAUCUUGAAUUGUGGGGUUCUUGAUUUUGAGCAUUUUUGAUUUCCAAAAGCAAAAAAAUUGAAUCUUGAAUCGUGGGGUUCUUGAAUUCAAGCAUUUUUGGCCACCAAAUGAAAAAAAAAGUUGAAUCUUGAUUUGGAGGUUUCUUGAAUUUUUUCAUUGUUGGUUUAGAACCAAAAAAAAAUUGAAUCUUGAAUUGUGGGGUUUCUUGAAUUCAAGCAGUUUUGCGCAUAGCAGGAGCUUUGCUGCACCGGGCUGCCCUUUUUUGGUUUACAAGAACCAAAAAAAAUUGAAUCUUGAAUUGUGGGGUUUCUUAAAUUCAAGUAGUUUUGGUCUCAAAUGGCGCCGACACUGAAAAAUCAGAGAACUCCAACACCAUUUUCAAAAUCAAAUCUAGCUCAGGUACCCAAUUCAAGAACACCACAAGCAAAAAACAGACUAAAUUUCACUUCAGCAAAACCUUGUGUAGCUCCAGUAGCAGUAGUAGCAGAGCAUCCUAUUGAAGUGAUAGGCAGAAUUCGCGAUUACCCGGAUAAGAAAGAGAAGGUUUUGUCAUCUUUGUUACAGGUGAAUCCUGAUCGAGAGACGUUAAGAUUGAGAACUGAUGGAGGGUAUAGAGAUUUUAGUCUUGAUGGUGUGUCAUUAUCUGAAGAAGAAGAUAUUGAUGUGUUUUACAAGAAGUUCGUGCAGUCGAGGAUUAAUGGAGUGAAAUUGGGAGAUAAAUGUACUGUUAUGAUGUAUGGACCAACGGGUGCGGGCAAAAGUUAUAACAUGUUUGGGAAUCCUAAGCAGCCUGGGAUAGUGUAUAGGUCUUUAAGAGAUAUAUUGGGUGAUGGAAUUGAAGAAAAUGAUGAGAAUAAUGAGAAAAUUAGCGUUGGCACGUUCGUGCAAGUUACUGUUUUGGAGAUAUAUAAUGAGGAAUUAUAUGAUCUGUUGUCGACAAAUAAUGGUGGAGGAUUCGGUUUUGGAUUGUCUAAGGGGAGUGCUUCUAAGGUGAGACUUGAAGUUAUCGGUAAAAAGGCAAAGAAUGCAACUUUUAUUUCUGGUACUGAGGCUACAAAGAUAUCAAAGGAGAUUCAGAAAGUGGAGAAGAGAAGAAUAGUGAAAAGCACUUUGUGCAAUGAGCGGAGCUCUCGGAGCCACUGCAUGAUGAUUAUUGAUGUUCCAACAGUAGGAGGGCGACUAAUGCUUGUCGAUAUGGCUGGUUCCGAGAAUAUAGAACAAGCUGGUCAAACUGGCAUGGAAGCAAAAAUGCAGACUGCAAAGAUCAAUCAGGGAAACAGUGCACUUAAAAGGGUGGUUGAGUCCAUUGCUAACGGUGAUUCCCACGUGCCAUUCCGAGACAGCAAGUUAACUAUGCUCUUACAGGAUUCUUUUGAGGAUGACAAGUCCAAAAUUCUCAUGAUACUGUGUGCCAGUCCAGAUCCUAAAGAGCUCCACAAAACCAUCUCUACUCUAGAGUACGGUGGAAAAGCAAAAUGCAUUGUCUGUGGCCCUCAUACGCCGUUGAAGGAGAAAGGUGCAGAAGAUUCUUCCUCAGCGGUUAUUUUGGGGUCAAGGAUUGCGGCAAUGGAUCAGUUUAUCCACAAGCUUCAGAUGGAGAAUAAGCUCAAAGAGAAAGAGUGUAACGAAGCUAAGAGAAAGCUUAUGAAGAAAGAAGAAGAAAUUCUUACGUUAAGGUCUAAACUUGAAUUAGCAGUACAAGGAGGAGUGGAGACAACGGAGGAGGAUGUCAUUGUUAAAGUAAACGAGCGAACUCAGAUGUUGAAACAUGAAUUUGAAAAGAAGAUACAGCGGUGUCAGAAAAUGGCAAAUGAAUUCGUAGAGACGGAAAGGAGGAAGAUGGAAGAUAGAAUCUUCCAACAGCAACAAGAGUUUGAAAUGCUUAAAAGGCGCUUGGAGGAGAUCGAGGCCGAGCUUUGGCGUUCAAGGGUUGUCAAUAGAUCAACAGAAAUGGAGGAGAACAGCUUUGGGAAAAGGCUACUGGAGAUUUACUCUGAAGAUGCAGGAAUGGUGAAAUCUAUGGAUUUGGAUAGAUCUAUUGAUAUGAACUGUGGAAAGCAGGAUGCGGCCGUCGAUAAAGCAGAAAGUAACACAGUUCAGGCGUUUUUGGGCUAUCCUAGCAUAAGCGAUACAAGAGAAGUUGAAGAUCCUUCUAUCGAUUUGUUGCAACAUUUCACCAACAAAUCGUUCUUGAGCACCGUGUUCGAGGAGGAAGAAGAAGGUAACGACAGUGAAGGGGAUAAAGAGAACCCCCCUGUCGAGGAGGUGCAAAAAGAGGUUAUUGAGGAAAAGACAAUACAUUCCGCCAUGCUCCAUCCCGAUUUAUUGCAUGCAACUAUAGUAGAAGAUCGUUCCGAUGAUCUUUCUAGUGAUAUUGUCCCUUCAAGAAAAGAACUAAUUCAAAAUAUAUUCAAACUUUGUGGAAAUUCUAGAGAACUCUCUCAGCAGUGUAUAACAACUGAAUCGAAAUCACCUCCAGUUAAAGAAAUCGGAGAGGAUUCACCUAUAAGAAAAUUACAUAAUCUCUCUAGCGAGAAAGUUAACGAUUCAAAGGAGAACUUCAACCCUACAUUUGAAAGCAUAGGCGUUGAUCUGGACGUGCACGUGAAAUGGGAAGAUUUAUCAAAGGAAAAUCCUGGGAUUAUUAUCACUACACUGAAGGUUGUUAAAGGUUCAACGUUAGCUGAUUUACACAAGCUGAUCGAGAUAUAUCUUGGCGCUGACAAUCAAGAAUUCAAUUUCCUGUCAUAUGCUAAAAUAUGUGACUUGUUUUUCUCUACUGGAGUAUAAACAUGAAGGUUGAACAUGUAUAUUUUGUAAUCAUAUGCGAAAAUAUGUGA